AUGGCUGAGCUGUGGUACCCCUACAAAGACCGUGCUCAGUUCACAGCCACGGGGAUUCGUUUCACUUCGGUGACUCGGAAGGACAUGGGGAAGUACAUCUGCGAGGUCCUCUGGACUGGGAGCGGGGGCAUUGGCCGACUAAAUAAGUCAGAAGUUGACCUCAUCGUCCAAGAUGGCUCUCCACCUCCUACCUGCCAAUGCUACAGGUACGACGUCCUUAUGACCUCCAACCCCAAGAUCAACGAGAAAUUCAGGAACUCCUGCUACGCGAUCGACACCAAGACAGGAGUGCUGAUGAAUGAGCCCGUAACCAGCUUCGACACGGGGGAUUAUUUUUGCGAGGCUCAGAACAACGUUGGGACCACUCAGAAAUCGGAAGCCAUCCACUUGGACGCCAGAAACAUCAUUUCCCACAAGGACAUGAAAGCGCUGGUCGACAGCGGGAAUGCUCGGAUUAUCGACGUGCGGUUGCCAGAGGAGGUGGCGAACGGCCAUAUCGCCAACUCGGUCAAUAUUCCAGUGGCAGAAGUCGAGGAAGCCCUGAAGAUGGACCCUGAGACGUUUAAGAUGAAAUAUGGCAUGGACAAGCCACGGAUGGAUGACGAGAACUUGAUCUUCUACUGCCAGAGGGGCAGGAGAGUGGCUCAGGCCACAAAGAUCGCCAUAACCCUUGGCUACGCCAAGGCCCGUAACUACGAAAGCAGCUACAAGGAAUGGUCUGAGAAGGAAGGGAAGUGA